AGAGGCCAGCAGGGACUUGUUGAAGGUGGCCGAUAUACGCAGGAGAGCUACAGCAGAGCCGCUUCCCCCCUGAGACGACGCACUUUGCUGUGAACGUUGGCUGGAAUCACCGGCGCGUCCGCAGGUUGUGCUACAGCCGAGAAUAUGAUGCAACCCAAUCUUGUGAAUGGAACCUUACGGUACGUUUUGAUCUUUGCACUUGUUGUUGGAGUGAUCAUCCUCCUGUACCUUGCUCAUUUUCCGAGCACCCAUACCUUCUGCCCACCACGCUAUGCCCAGGCUUCUCAGUAUUCAGGGCAGUACAACAAAACUUCUCUUCAGCCGCCUUCCAAGCCUGUGCUUUUAUUGUGGUUUUGGCCUGAGAACUAUCGGUUCGACCUGAGAGACUGCAAGACCUUGUUGGACAUUGACGGCUGUUUCCUGACAGACGACAGGUCUUUGUACAGUACGGCAGACGCAGUACUCAUUUUUCACAAGGCAAUCAAAUGGGACCUUUCCAACCUUCCUCCUUCUCCUCGUCCAUCCAAACAAAGAUGGAUUUGGUUCCAUGUUGAAUCGCCAACAAACACACACAGAAUCCCAGGUCUGGAGAACCUCUUCAAUCUCACGUUGGGUUACAGGCAGGACGCUGACAUCAUUGUGCGUUACCACCUUACCAUCAGACAAACCCCAGAGGAAGAGUUUGUGAUGCCCAAAAAGGACAAGUUGGUUUGUUGGAUUGUGAGCAACAACAACCCCUCCACUGGUACAGGAGUCAGGAGCAAGUUUUAUAUGGAGUUGAAAAAGUACAUCGAUGUGCAUGUGUUUGGAAAGGCCUUUGGAACUUUCUUGAACUACGAGGACUACUACCCCACCAUAGCUAGCUGCAAAUUCUACCUGUCUUUUGAGAACUCCAUCCACAGGGACUACAUCACUGAGAAGCUGAACGGACCACUUGUAGCUGGAACGGUUCCUGUAGUUUUGGGGCCCCCGAGACAAAACUACGAGAACUUCAUUCCUAGCAGCUCAUUCAUUCAUGUGAAUGAUUUUCCUAGUGCAAAAGACCUGGCUCAAUAUCUGCUUCAGCUGGACAAAGACGAAAAUCUUUAUCGCAGCUAUUUUCAGUGGAGGAAAUAUUUUGCUGCAAAACGUCACCUCAUAUUACAGACCCAAGAGUUUAUAAAGCCCAUUUGUACUGCCUGCGAUUAUAUAGGAAAGCACAGUGAGUAUAAGGUUAAAAAUGACAUCUAUAAAUGGUACUUUUCAGAAUAAAAAACCCAUAAAAACACACAUCAUGUCAAUCUUUUACAGCCCCGACUUGACUUUUUUAAUUUUAAAACUUGAGAGAUUUUGUCAUUUUUUGCUUUUAAAAUGUUUUUUUAAGUGUGAACCUUUCAUUAUUAAUGUUAUGUGCUAUAUAUCCUUAAAUAAAUGCAUAAAGAGAAGUUAUCCAUUAUUUAGCUUCCUAAUAUGUUUAUUGAACAUAUAAUAAAAGCUUCUGGCUGAGGCCUCUUUUCCACUGCAGGGCUGAACUGUACUGGGCAUGGAGGGUAACGGAUCUUUGUGGCUUUUCCACACGGACACAGUUUGGCAUGGAAUAAUCUCAAACCAGUUUCUAACAGAACAGGUUUGAUUCUGACUAACAAGAUCUGUGCUGACACAAGGUUAGAUGGUGACUCAGAUGUGAGGAUGAAGUUGAGUGCCUGAUGUUGGAGGAACAGAAAGGUGAUAUUAAAUGUGUUCUGAGGUGUUUGGAGCUGUACCAUCCUAUUACCUGUACCUAAGCUAAUGCUUUGCUAAAAAGAUCAUUACACCCCAGUACAGUUUUGAUUCAACUAAACAGUGCCUGCUAUCACAAGUAUAGACUUUAAAAACUUGUGAAAGCAAAGUUGACUGAUCGUUGUUGGAGUGACAUAGAGCUGAAAUUGAUGUAUGAUGCCUCCCACCACGGUACACGUUCCCGGAAUCAAACAUAUUUUGUGGUGGGUGGUGUUCGUAGCUAUUAAAAGCUAUUAGCUAUUACGGCCGUGUGAUUGGCUGAUUAGCUGUUUGUGUUAACAAGCAACUAAACAGGUGUACCUAAUAAAGUGGCCGGUGAGUGUAUGGUUUUUAGGUUUUUCUGCAGCCGGUAAUUAUCCAACAAAAUAUUGUUGUCGUGCUUCUGUUUAUGUGAUGUUAUAUUCAUGCAACAGUCCUGACCUUACACUCUGGUUGAGAAGUGUCCUAAAGAAAGCCAUGCUGUCAUCACAAAUAUCAGUAUUCAUACCACAAAAGGUAAAUCUUAUAAUAUCAGCAGUUAACCCUGACUCCGCACAGGGCUCUGCAGACUAGGCAGUUGAUACCAUUGCAUAGCAGCAACACAUUUGUUGUGGAACUACUUUUCAGUGGUGGUGUCGGUACUAAAGCACAUUCAGUAUAUAAUUCAGGACUGUUAUGAUUUAUUCAUUUCUUCAUUUUGUAAAAACGGUGGUAUAAAAGCAGUAAAACACUCCAGUGUAUGUUAUCAUGAAUAACAUUAAGUUCUAAUAAUUAAACAUAAUUUUUUCUGGGGGCAAAGAAAUUAUUAUUUGCACAUGUUGAAAUUCAGAGGUUAGGGUUUGGGACAGUCAUUAGAAAAUACUCUAUAAAUGAUGGUUUUGUGUAUAUUUAGAUUAUUACUGUCUCAGUGCAUUGGGUAUAAAGAUCAUAAAAUAAUCUGCGUAAUUCUUUAUGGUCUGAACACUUGUUGUUUUUGUUAUUGUUGUUGUUUUUACUACUGCAGUUUAAACUGAUUCUGUAGAAUGGUCCAUAAGCUGUUUAAAUGGCACCAAUUCUGCUGUACUAGAGCCAGUUUACAGGGACCCUGACCACUUCCUAUUUCUCCUAUUGUAUCAAAAACAUGACUGCAAAAUGCCACGGGACACUGCAAAUGAGUCCUCAAUGAGUGGUGUGAAUGUGAAAAUUUAAGUUUCUAACUGCUUGUCUAGGAUCUUCCUUUAAUUUUGGAAAGGAUGUAUUUUACUAAAAAACAAUUUACCUGUAUCUUUCCUUUUCAUACAGCAAGUAGGUAGUAGGAUGCUGGCAUAAAUGAUGCUGAUUAGUUGGAAUUGCUGCCACUCAGUGCUGAUUGGUUCGUAUUACUACUAUUGAGUGCUGAUUGGUUGGCGAGCUGAUCAAUUUAUUGGCUGAGUGAAGUGGUUUCUGCUCACUGAUGUCAUUAAGAUACAUAAGGAACCCUUAUAAACCCUUAUAAAAGUGCUCAAAAAAAGAUUUCGCUCAAAUGCUCGAUGGUUACCCACUCAUUUUGAACUCGCUCCCUCUAGCACUUGAAAACCCGGAAGACAUUACUGAGUAGCAUUUCUUGGUUGUUCUUGAAAUAGCUUAUUACCAAGCGCUCGUAUACUGAAUCCUCUUAAAAGUAGUAAGUAGUAUUCAGUAUCUGACUAACAUGAAUGUCUCCAGUACGCCAAAGAUGCCCAGAUGAUGUUCUGCUACUACAGAAUAUUCCAGGCAGAGUAAACUUUGAGAUGCACUGCAUCCCAAAAUUAAACUUGGGCCAUUUCAGGAGGACGUAACCACUGAUGUGACCGUCUAACCCAGUUAUGCUCCAUUUUUCUCUUUUCCUCUUUUGUUUUUAUCUGUUUUUGCAUUGUCUUGCCACCUUUCUUUGUUGUUCUAUUGAUAUUUGUGUUUUCACUCCUUUUUAUGUUGUUUUUUUUUUUAAUGUCGACAAAUGUCCUGUUCUUUGCACUGUGAUUUUUGCUGGGUCAAUUAAAGCAAAAUAACAAGCUUCCGACUUCGCUAUUUCACCCAAAUAAAGAGCAACGUAUUCAA